GGCAUUAUAUGAAAGUAUUCCAAACAAUGAAAAUCAAGCUCAAACACUAUUUGAAGGUUUGAAGGAUACAUAUGAAAAUAAUAAGAUUGCAAUAUUAGAUUUGCUUAAAUCAUGUCCUUCUGAUUUAUUAAAUUUUCAGAAAAAGGAUGUAGUAAAAGAAAUAUUUCAAACUUCUUUAAUCUUGGCAUCAAGUACAAAACCACCUGAAUCUCUUACAGCAGCUUAUUUAUUUCGUUUACUUAUAUUACAUAAUAGUACACAGGAAAUUGCAUUUAAUAUUUUAAGUGAAUUUUAUGGAGAACAUGAUGAAUGUCUUCAGAAAAUCAAAACAUUCAAUAACAGUUUUAAAACUACAUGCCUUGUUGUUAUAAAAACAUUACUGAUUCAAUUGAGGUAUCAUCUAAGUAGAGCAAAUAUAAGUUUAUUAGAAGCUGCUGCUAACAAUCCUCUUUAUGGUAUUAUAACCUGCAUAAGAUAUGUAUUAGCUGAUGCUGAUUUAAGUUCUGAUUUUGAUAAAGAAGAAUCUGUCUGUUGGAAAGAGAUUCUCUCUCAAUUAAUAACAUAUUGUUUUGAAACUACUAAUGCAGUAUCACCUAUUGUAUGCAAUACCUCUCCAGAAGGACACUUGCCAAUGGAUACUGAUCCAGAAACAUUGAAUCAGUUACAGUCAGCGGUACAAAAAGCAAUUGGUCGACGUUUUGAAACUGCACAAAUAGUUAAAAAUUUAAAUGAUGAUUAUUGCAAGUCUUUUGUAACAAUUGAUGUAAUGAAAACUAGAGCAGUGACAGCACAAAUGUUAUUAUUAUGCAGUUGGAGAGCACAUAAAGAAGUAUCAUUAUUGCUUGGUGAUAUUUGUCAAAAAGUUCCUAUUUCAGAAGAAAAUGAUAAUGGCCUUAUUUCUUGUGACCAGAUUUUGAAAAUAGGUGAAUUUUUUAAUCAACAGUUAGCUGAAGUUAAACAUCGUGGAGCUUUUGAACAAGCCUAUAUAGGAUUUUCAAAAUUAUGCCACAGACUUUGGAGAUCUAGCAGAACAUCUUUGCAUCACUUGCCAAAAAUAUGGCUACAAGAAUUAUUUGAUUCAUUAUGUGGAAAAGGAGAUUUAAAACUGUGUCCAACUAGAAGAAGUGCUGGAGUUCCAUUUGCUGUUCAGGCAUUAUUAAUUACAGAACCAAAUGUAACUGGAUUUAAUUGUUUUAAGCAAGCUAUGGAGAAAUUAUUGGAUUUAUCACGAUUCACUGAAAAUGUUGAUGCUCAGGUUCACGCUCUUAAUAUUUUGAGAGCAAUUUACAAAGAUACAUGUCUCGGAGAACUUGUUAUGCCUUUUGUUGCAGAAGGAGUGAAAACAUCAAUUAAGGGAUUCAAGGAAGUACACUGGGGGGUUCAAAAUUCAGCAACUUUGCUAUUUACUGCUUUGAUGACUCGUAUAUUUGGUGUCAAUCGUUCAAAAGAUGAACCCCAUAAAAAAAACUGUAUGACAGGACGUGUUUUUUUCUUGCAUUUUCCUUCACUGUUUGAAUUCUUGCUUAAAGAAUUACAAGAAGCAACACAAGAAAUGUCAUCUUCAGUUAAUUCUAGAAGUUCGUAUCUCCAUCCAACACUAUAUCCAAUACUUCUCCUUCUAUCAAGAUUAUAUCCUUCACCAGUAGAAGGUUGUGAUUCUAAUUUAAACCUCAUUUGUUUUGUUCCAUUUGUACAACAAGCAGCCUGUAGUUCAAUUUGGAAAACACGAGUACUUGCUGCACGUGCCUUAAUUCCAUUAUUGUCUCCUGAUGAAUGCUUGCAAUUCUUAAAUGAACUUUUUCAAUCAAUUUGUGCUGAUGAUUUAACUUAUCAAAAUAAAUUACAUGGAAAAUUACUUCAGAUUUAUUAUUUGAUUCAAGAAGUUAUCACUACAAAUAAUAUUAAAGAUUUAAAAGAAAACAUUUAUAAAACUGUAAAAAGUAACUACAUUCUCUUAGUGAAGCAAAAUCCAUGUUUUAUUACUAGAUCUACAUUUCUCGAUAUUAUCUAUCUGUUCCUAAGUCAUAAUCUCAUACCUGCAGAAAUGGAAAUGUUGCAUGAUUGCCAUAAAGAAUUUACUAUUCAAGAAAAUUUUUGUGAUAUAUCAGUUCCCGGAAGAAUACAAUAUUUAACAUUAACUGCUAGAACAUCAUUGUUACUUAUGACUAAAAUUUUACUUCCUGAAGAAAAUAUAUGUAAUUUAUUAAAAGAUGUAUUGAAAUCAAAUUACUACGAAGUCAGAAUAGUUGCUUUAAAUUUUUUAUAUUGGAUAAUAUCUGAUUUAUCAAAACCUAUAACAUUUAAUGCCAUUCCUGUCAGUAGUCAAUGGAAGUGGCCAGAUGUAUGUAAAAAUAAAAAUACAUUGUUAGAUAUUAUUGUUAAUUCAAGAUGCUUAAUAAACUUCCUGUUGAGGAUGAUGAUUCAGAAUGAAACUCAACCUAAUUGUUUAGAAGAGCUUUAUCUAUUGUUAUCAAAAAUUCCAUUUACUGUAUCUGUUGAUUGGACUGCCAAUGGUAUUGAAAGGUUAACUCUUUCAGAAAAAUUAAAUUGGGUAGUAGAGAAAAUUGAAAUGACUGAUUGGGAUGACUUAGUGAAUGCCAUGUAUCAUCUGUCUGUAAAUAUAGCUAUCACUUGUUACAAUAUUUUAUGUGAAAAUAAUCUGAAUUCAGAAGAAUCAAAACAAAUACUAACUGUGUUAAAUAAAUGGAUGAAAUCUGUAUAUAACUCUUCUAACUCCAAUCAAAGUAUUUCAAGAAGAAUGACUAUAACAAAAAUACUUAAUAAAUGUUCAUCAGUUUUUCUUCAAGAUAAAAAGAAAAUUUUAGGUCAUAAUACUGUUUUUUUAUGGAAUGCAUUUAUAUUGUUAUUGCAAGAUGAUGAGCCAGAUAUUAGAGAAUCUUGUGCACAUAUUGUUUCAUGUUUAGAAAAUGAAAAUAAUGCUGAAAAAUGUAGAAGCUUUACCCCUUUACUUGCUUUGGAUAUUUUAAUAAAGCAAUUUGUGCAUCAAUAUAAUGAAUCACAUUUGCUUCAUUGUUUUAUCACUUUACUUAAUUGGAUGCUUAUGUGUGAUAGAGAAGAUUUUUUAUCAGUCCAGGGAGAUGAACAACCCUUUGAUAAAGGUGAAAUGAAUGUUUAUUUAGAAGAAAUUACUUUUACUAAUUUAGUAGCAACACAUUUUACAAAAAUCAUUCAACAAAAUGCAACCAAUCUUAAAAUUUCUUCAAGUUACUUAAAAGAAGCUUUACAUAUUAAUAUAGAUGAUGAUUGUAAUUUUUCUAUCUCAGAUGUUGCUAACAAAUGUCUAGAACAAGCAGAGUAUCUCUUAGAGAAUUUUAGUAAGGAUAAGAAUCUAUUAUUUUUAUCUUCAAAGAUGAUUGAAAUUCAAAUCCAAAUUUAUCAAAAUGUCAAAGUAUAUCUAUGUAUUUUUAAUUCAACUAAAGGAGAAUUAAAACCCGUUAAGACAAUAGUGCAACAACUGGAACAAUAUCAACCUUUAUCUGAAUUUAUGUAUUCCAUUUUGAAUAAUUUAAAACUUUGCCAAUUACAGUUGAGAUAGCCUGUAUCAAGAAUGUAUAUAACAUUCAUAAAAUAAAUGUAUAUAAAACAAUUGCUUUUUAUAAUUUAAUGUAAUAAACUGUAAUUAUGAAGAUAAGAAUAAAUUUUAUUUAGCAAUAAUAAUUAUUUUCUAUUGUGAAAUAUAAAAAUCAAGUAAAGAGGAAUAAUUUAUAUUUUUCUAUUGUAAUACAGUUUAGAUGAGUUGUUUUAAAUAUCCAUCAAAGACAAGUAACAAAUGCACUUGAAUUGUCAUAUGUAAUAAUUAUUGUUUAAUUAGAUUGCCUUUUUCAUAAUGUUCAGGUUAAUGUAGAUUUUAACUUUUUAUUAGAAAAUGUGCAUUAAAGUUGG